AAACUUGAAGAAACCCUAAAAACUCUAACAGGGAGAAUUCAAGAUCAUAGUAUGGCCACUGCACAAGAUCAGUUAAUUUCUUUAAUGAAGCAAAUAGAUGAAGAAAAAGAAAAAUAUCAAAAUUUAUUGUUCACAAAUGAAGAGAAAAAUGUUGCUAAUAUAGAACUACAAAAUAAAAAUAGCGAAUUAUUAAUAAAAAUUAAAGAGUUAGAAGUUGACUUAGAUAAAGAGAGAAAUUUAGCAAAAGAUGUAGAAAUUGAAACUAUGAAAAUUUUUGAAAAAGAAGAAGAACUUUGUAGAGUAAAAGAAGAAUUGGAAUCUCUGAAAAACGUUAUAAGUAAUAACAAAGACGAGUUACAAAAAUCAGUGUCUAAUUUAAGUUCCGAGGUCAAUGACAAAGACAUUUUAUUAAAUACACUUCGCCAACAACUUAAUGAGUGUACUCAAACUAAUGAACGUUUGUUAAAGGAAGUAAAUGAAAAAUUAGAAACAACUACUGAACAUUUAAACAAAAUUAUAGAAGAAAAAAAUAAAAAAAUUGAACAAAGUCAAGAAAUGAUCGAUCAGUUAAAUGAAGGAAUUAAAUCAUUGAAUAUAUUAAAAAAUGAAGAACAUGAUGAAAUUAUUGUUGGUUUAAAAAAUGAAAUUAUCAAGUUGAAGAAUGAUAAUAAAGUUAUGAUAGAAUUAAAAGAUGAAAAUAUGAAAGUUCAACUCGAGAUUUAUGAAAAAAAACUUCAAGAGUUAAAUAAUGAACUUUUAAUUUUAACCAAAACUAAAACUCAAGAAAUUAGCGAACUGCAAAAUAAAGUUAGUGACUUGAUGUCCUCACAAUCUAAAGAUAAAGAGCUGAUUAAUAAAUUAAAAGUACAAGUAAAUGCGACAAUUGAUGACUUAAAGAAACAAAAAAAUGAUAAUAUUGAUUUUUACAAAAAACUGCUAAAAGAUUCUCAUGAAAAACAAACUGAAAUUGCCUCAGAAACCAUAGAACAAUUACAAAACCUGUUUGAUCAAUCAAUAAUGGAUAAAAAUAAAAAAAUCGAAUCAUGUAAUGUAACUUUAUUAUAUGUAAAAGAACAAAUUAUUAAAUCUAAAACUAAAAUUGAAGCAUAUUAUGAAGCUAAA